GGGCCCCGGGGCAGGGGGGCGGGGGAAAGCGGGGCUGGCUGCCAGCGCGCAGGUGACGUCCGCUGGGGUGAGCCCAGCCGCGGCGCAGCAUCUGUUCAGAACUUCCUGACUCUGGCAUCUGAGAGGACAGCUGGGCCAGAGCUGGGCAGACGGUCACCCGAAGGAGCAGAACAGGAAGUUGGAGACUGAGGCAAGUCGAAAUGUCUUUCCUCCAGGAUCUGAGUUUCUUCAGCAUGGGGAUGUGGUCCAUUGGCGUGGGGGCCCUGGGGGCGGCUGCCUUGGCCCUGCUCCUGGCCAACACAGACGUGUUUCUGUCCAAGUCCCAGAAAGCGACGCUGGAAUAUUUGGAGGACAUAGACCUGAAAACCCUGGGAAAGGAACCAAGGACUUUCAAAGCAAAGGACCUCUGGGAAAAGAAUGGAGCUGUGAUUAUGGCUGUGCGCAGGCCAGGCUGUUUCCUCUGCCGAGAGGAAGCUGCGGACCUGUCUUCCCUGAAGCCCAAGCUGGACGAGCUGGGAGUCCCCCUGUAUGCAGUGGUGAAGGAACAAAUCAGGACCGAAGUGCAGGACUUCCAGCCUUAUUUCAAAGGAGAAAUCUUCCUGGAUGAAAAGAAAAAGUUCUACGGUCCCCAAAGACGGAAGAUGAUGUUUAUGGGAUUUAUCCGUCUGGGUGUCUGGUACAACUUCUUCCGAGCCCGGAACGGAGGCUUUUCUGGAAACCUGGAAGGCGAAGGCUUCAUCCUUGGGGGAGUUUUUGUGGUGGGAUCAGGAAAGCAGGGCAUUCUUCUCGAGCAUCGAGAAAAAGAAUUUGGAGACAAAGUGAACCCAGUUUCAGUUCUGGAAGCUGCUAGGAAGAUCCAACCCCAGACUUUGGCCACGGAGACAAAGUGAUCGUGUGAAACUGCUCAGGGAUAACUAGGGGCACUCACCUGUGCCCUGGGACAUGUCGUAUCUCCACUCAUGUCCCCAGAGAGUUAGAAACCCACUCAUGCCAUAUUGUCAGUAGAGAUCAUUAAUGUAUUUUAAUACUGUGCUCUCUUUAGGCCCAGUAAGGCAAAAUAGCCCCCACACAAGACUGAUAAGAAUCUAAGAAACCAGUGAAAGUAAUUUCAGCUAAAACCUGGAAAAUAUGAGGCUUAGCCUUGACUGCUGUACCUCCUUACAACGUACGUGGCGUGAGUGCCCUUAUCAGAAAUGGCUUUUAUUUUCGUGUUUUCAAAAAUCUAAGAAAAGUUGAUGAUUGACUUGAAGAUUCAGGAUAUGAAGGCUUGGGGCUUGUGUGUUCUCCAUUAAUGACCUGUUACACAAUGUUAAAGUAAUACUCACGCAAAGGAAUUGGCAGGCACUGGGUGGCUUACUAAAAGUAAAUUAUGAAGUGAAAUCUGUUUUUUCAUCGUCUUCCAUUCUAAUCUCAGAGGUUUGUUUUUCUAGAAGAAGUGAUCAUCUCUGGCUCUAAUAAAAUUAUGUAUCAGAAAUUGCCUAUAAUACAAGUUUUUCUGAUAAAACUAACAAUAAAAAUAUUUACCAGAAUG